UUUGAAACAUGGCAGACGAUGUAGACCAGCAACAAACUACCAACACUGUAGAGGAGCCCCUGGAUCUUAUCGGGCUCAGCCUAGAUGAGCGAAUUGAUGUGAAAAUGAGAAAUGACCAAGAGCUUCGAGGCAGACUACAUGCUUAUGAUCAACAUUUAAAUAUGAUCUUGGGAGAUGUGGAAGAAACUGUGACUACUAUAGAAAUUGAUGAAGAAACAUAUGAAGAGAUAUAUAAAUCAACGAAACGGAAUAUUCCAGUGCUCUUUGUCCGGGGAGAAGGCGUUGUCCUGGUUGCCCCUCCACUGAGAGUUGGCUGAAACUAAGAAUUUGUCCUGUAUGGAAAACAGGAGACUUUGUAUAGUGGCCUCUCUAAAUGUACAAAACAUUCAAAAGAGAAACCUGCAUACAUUUUGAUAUAAGAAAUAAUUCUGGGAUUCUUCCACGCCUGGAAUGAGUUGAUUUGCAGAU